AUGCAGUGGGUGACCUUCGUGUGGUGGGGGUGGGCGGGGGUGUGUGGGCGAUGGUUCUCUGCUGCUCGGUGCUGACGUGUUGUUACAGGGGAGCUGUGCUGUGUCGCCACGCGAGCAGCCAUUGGACGGAUCGUGCACACGACACGAGAAGGGGCGAGGCGACCGACGGAGGCAAGACAGCAACACGAGCACAUAGGCAGCAUGGGUGUGUAUGCGGGCGGGGGGGUUCGUUGAUGGAUUGACAAUUACAGGAGGGCGGCGGCUGUGUGUUGGCUCCGCGCGCGGCGACCGGUUCACACAUCCAUCGACCGACACAGGGAGCCACAAUCCAUUCAUCAAACCGACGAACGAACGAACGAACGACACACUCGACGUGUUAUCUUCGUGUUGUGUGGUGAGGGCACUGUUCGGCCGACGGUGGGCGUCGAGACGUCAGUCACCCCCCUUCCCUCCCUCUCUAUAAUGCUAUGUGAUGGUAUUUUCCCGCCACAAUACGAUAUCGAUCGAUCCAUACGUUCACACCGACUUGGCUUGGCUUGUAUGCUGUGCUCACUGGCUGCAGUCCUCGAAUCCCUACCCACAGAGCCAAGGUUGGGUGGGCACACCUCCCUGACUCACCUGUCCCCCUUCUCUCUGCAGCAGUGUAGAUGGCGUGAGGUGGCGUGCUGUGGUACUCUAGCUAGCGUAACUGAAAGUCUAUUGUAUAUGCCGGCCGGGUCGGUCUGGGUGUCUGUCUGUCUGUCUGUCUGUCUGUUUCCCUGCAUCUCUCUCUCUCUCUCUCUCUCUCUCUCUCUCCAUGUGUGUGUCCUUGCGUGGCGUGCGAUUUUCAUGGCGCAAGAAUGAGUGGACGGACGGAACUGUUGCUGCAUGGUGCGAUGCGCUGCGCGCGUGUGUGUGAGUGAAUGCAUCUCUACCUACCUGCUUCGCUCUUUCCGGAGCUUCUCUAGC